UUCGAUGCAACACGAGCAUCAUGCACUACCGCAUCCGGCCGGUUGACCACGGGGGCUUCUUCAUCACCCGCAGAAUGCCUCUCGGAAGCCUUCACGCCCUCGUCGACUACUACUCCAAGAACGCGGACGGCCUCGCCACCAAGCUCGCGGCGCCCUGCGUGAAGGCCGAGAAGCCGGAUACCGGGGGCCUCUCGUACAACACCCGCGACGCCUGGGAGAUCCCCAAGGAGCAGAUCCUCCUCCAGAAGACCCUCGGGUCCGGCCAGUUCGGCGAGGUCUACGAAGGACUCUGGAACAAGACGGUCAAGGUCGCGGUCAAGACGCUGCGUCCUGGCAAGAUGAGCGCUGACGAGUUCCUGGCGGAGGCGCACUUGCUCAAGAAGAUGAGGCACCCGAAGCUCCUCCAGCUCUUCGCCGUCUGCACGAUGGAGGAACCUUACUACAUCAUCACGGAGCUUAUGCGUCACGGAUCGCUGCUCGACCAUCUCAGAGGUCGAGGACGCGGGAUGGUCCUCGAGGACAAGGUGUACAUCGGGGCGCAGGUGGCCUCGGGCAUGGAGUACCUCGAGAAGAAGAACUUCAUCCACCGCGACUUGGCCGCGAGGAACGUCCUGGUGGGCGAGCACAACGCGGUCAAGGUGGCGGACUUCGGGCUGUCCAGGCUCGUCAAGGAGGAUGAGUAUGAGGCGCACGCAGGAGCCAAGUUCCCCAUCAAGUGGACAGCUCCGGAGGCCUUGUCCUUUAACAGAUUCACGACCAAGUCCGACGUGUGGUCCUUCGGGGUCUUUCUGAUGGAGGUCGUCACAUCGGGCGCCACGCCCUACCCAGGCAUGACGAACGCCGAGGUCGUGGACGCCAUCGAGCGCGGCUACCGCAUGCACUGCCCGAACUCGUGCCCGCACCUGCUCUACAACAUCAUGAUGGAGUGCUGGGCGAAGGACCCGGCCAAGCGACCCACCUUCGAGACGCUGCGCUGGAAGCUGGAGGAUUACUUCUUCCUGGAGGAGACCGAGUACAAGGAGGCGGAGGUCGUGCUGUAGGGUGCGGGCGGCGGGCGGGGCGGGCGUCGUCCAUGCUGCUUGGUGAAGGACUGUGUGCGGUGAUGUAGGUUUAUGUGGGGGGCUGUAUAAGCCUGCUCGGCAAAGAGUGCGUCACGGGCAAUAAACCUUUGAUAUCGUCCUUAGAUUGGGAAAAUCAUGUAAAACAUUACACAGGUUAAUCCACACAAUUCUUUCGGUAACGUGGGCUUAUAUCAACGGAUAAUCUGACACUGAAAUAGAGAAAAGCUUUAUUAUAGAACAGUCCACUCACUCACUCUCUCUUUCUCUCUCUCUCACUCUCUGUUUCUUUUCCUUCUCUUCCUCCUCAUCUUCUCCUCUUACUCCUCAUUGUCGUAGAAGUGUAUUUCAUAUACGAUGACAGAUUUCCGGUUUGCAGAAAAAUAGUGCUAUAUAAAGUUUUUGGAUAAUUUAUAUCUUAUUUCAUUUAUCUUAUAAUUUAUAUAAUUUAUAUCACUUGUUUUUUUUUAGUUUGUCCAUCUCCUGAAUAUUAUAAAAAGACAUUUUGUAAGUUCAGAAGUGGGGAGAUGGGAGUCCUUAGUUUGCAGAGAACGAUUUCAAGUCGCGGCAGAACAUGAAUUUAGUCAUGCAUUUCCCUCAUAACCGUCUUGAUCGUCUCGUACACUAUUUAGUAGUAUUUACCUCUCAUUCCUCUUCUUCCUUAAGAAUACUAUGUCAAAAUAUUAAUUUCAUAUAUCAGUGUAUAACUUUAUCUAAUAACCAUUAAUGUUUUCAUUCAUCUUUUAAUAACAAAUAUGGACUGAAGAGAAUAAUUUAAUUGUACUUUUUCGGGAUUUAUAUCUUAAUUAACUUGCUUCUUGCUUUGAUGUGUGCCUGUAUAUAUAUAUAUAUAUAUAUAUAUAUAUAUAUAUAUAUAUAUAUAUAUAUAUAUAUAUAUAUAUAUAUAUAUACAUACAUAAUUAAACAAAGCUCAUACGCCAAAUAUACUUGUGUUCACUCUUCAUGAUUCUGCCCCAACUUUUAAGUUAUAAUAUUUUGAUGUCCAUCCCUUUUUUGUUCAUUAGUUACAUUCCAUCAUUCACAUGCUGUAUACUGACGAGAUGUGCCUUAUUUAUAUGUAAUUUUAAAAUAAAUGCUUUAUGAUUC